GUUUUAUCUCCACACUAAUAUCUCUUACAUUAAACAAGUACCUCAAUGUCUAGCCAUUCUGGGAUUAGAUAUGGGAAGACCGUGUGCCUUAUCCUUGCCUUCUCAUAUUGUGCAGGGAGCAAUGGGAGCUUCAUUGCAGCCACUUAUCAAAACCCAGCUCAUAAAGUAGUUGAUUGGAGUGCUGAGAGGACAAUUUUAUCUCCAGAACAACAUGCAGUUCAUUCAGUUGCACAGGCUGUUGAUCAAACUGGACCAAGGAUCAACUGGGGCUUGCCAAGUGUUCCUGAAGUAGGAUCAUCAAACCUAAACAGCAAACUGAGGGCUGAAGCUCAACCCUUCAAACCUCAAACCAAGCCAAGUUCAUUUCCUAUACACCCCCCAAGAUCUAAUCAACUGCGCCAUUUCCAAAUUAGGGGAAAUUCCAAUUGGAACAUUCAUCAUUUCAGAGAAGCUCUGGUCCCUCAUUACCCUGUACCUUAUCAGCAUCCUUCCCAUCAACAACCUGUCCAUCAAAAUCCUGUCCAUCAACAUCCUGCCCAACCAUACAGACAUCCAAUACCUCCCACGUCGUUCUAUCCCCCAAGAUAUGAAACCCACAAAUCUAAUGCUCCUACACAGAUUGAUAAUGCUGGAGUGGACAAAAAUUAUGGGAAGAUGGCCAGGAAAUAUGAUGAAAUUGGUGAUAAUGAAAAACACCCUCAUUAUAAAAUGCUCCCUGGUGAUCUACACCCUGUAUAUUCUGAUCAUACCUAUCUCCGUGAGGAUCCUUUUGAUGGAGAUAAUGGAAAACACCCUGAUUAUGACCUUCUCCCUGAUGAUCUACACCCCGUGUAUGCUGAACAUGUUUAUCUACCUGAGGAUCCUUUUGAGGAAGCCAUGAAAGGGAAUGGAAUUCAUUCAGAAAUUCAAUCUCAAAGCAAUCUUCAUUACCCUGCACAGAAAAUUCAAGCAACUGCGAUAGCUAGCCCCAGCAAGCAAAAAGCAAACAAACCAAAUCUCAAGACUCCUCAUUCCCCCAAACUACAAUGGAAGCCUAGGUCAGAUGUGUCUGGUGAAGAUAUCUGA